UUAAUCAGUUAUGUGUGUUGUGAUGUGAUUAAAACAAGACCAGCUUUUCAUAAAAUUAUAUUUCCUUGCUAUAUUUUAUAAUAUGAGGUUAUAAUGGUGCUUAUAAUUCCAGAUAAUAUUCUGGAUACAUUACUUUGCAGUUUUUGUCAUAAAUAUUUAUCAGUGAAACCAGUAAAAAUUUAUCCAAACAGGCGUAUACAGUGUGGAAGAUGUGUUGAUGUGGAUAAGGAGGAACCAGCGCUUCGGAAAUCAAAAGGGGUAGAAUCAUUAUAUGGAAAAAUUGCUGAACACGUUUUAUUUAAAUGUGUUAACAGGUUUGAUGGAUGUCGGGAAUUCUUAACAUAUUCCCAGGUGCGAGAUCACGAAAAGAUAUGCUUGGAAAAAAAUCACAAGUGCCCAAUUUGUGAUGACGAAAUGGCGAGUUUUAUGAUGUCUCAACACUUUCAUUUCAAACAUAAGAAUGCCGUAUUGGACUGCCCAACCCUUGUCUUCAACUUGAAAGAUUAUUUAGAAAUGCCUAGUGUUUAUAUAUACCAAGAAGAAGAUAAUGUGUUUUUUCUAUAUAUUAGCUAUAGUAAGUCGGAAAAUACACUAAAAUUAGAUUUGGUUUAUAUGGGAGGUUUUAAACUCGCUAAAAAUAUAUACCAUGAAUUUACUGUAAGUAGUGAAAACAAAGAAUUUGAUAUUGUAUUGAAACCAAAACCAUGUACUGAUGAUUUAACUGUAUAUAUAUCACAUAUGUCAAAAUUUAUACAAAUCAAAUUUAAAUUAAUUGAUCGUAAUGUAAAGGUUUUAACGGCACCUGAAAUGAGCCGCCAGCAUGUGGCUCCAGCACACCCAAAUGAGACACCAGAUGUGAGUACACCCAUACUAAAUAAUGCUCUACAGGGGAGUCAAAUUGAAUACACAUCAAAAUUCAAACUAAAAUGUAAAGUAUGCCAAGAAUACUGCAUGUUUUCAAUAACUGAUAAUCCAAUUGAUGCUUACUAUAUUGACGAAAAAAAUAAUUAUACAUGUUACUAUUGUUAUGAGGCUUUCAAAUUUAAUCCAUCAACUACUCGAUAUCUUAAAAGAACACAUCCCCUUGAUAUAUUUGAUACAAUGAAGUUUUCCAAAUGGAAUUGUAGUAAAUGUAGUACAGAGAUUGAAUUUUCAGAUAUGCGAUCACAUGAAAUAAACUGUAAACUAGGUAGACAAUUUAUUUGCCCUAUAGAAGAUUGUUGUGAAAAAGGAACUGUUAACCAAAUGAUCAAACAUAUGAAAGAUCAUAAUUGUUUGGCAUUUUCGUCUUACUUUAGAAAACCUGCUGGUACUUUUAGUUGUUAUGUGUUUGUAAGAGAGUAUAUUGUAUAUUUAAUACAAUUUACUAAUGCGUAUAAGAAUAAUAUUUAUAACCCUUAUGAAAUUCGGAUGAAGAUAGUAGCAAAAACCGAUAACGAUGAGAAGGUAACAAAAAUUGACAAUGAUCUAACCAUUACCAGACAACAAUGCGGCAUAAAUAGACCAUACAUUAUGAUGUUUGACAGCAGUAAUGAUAUUUGGGGUAGGUCUCCCGUACAUAAACACGACCUACCAUUUGUGAAAGUUAUUGUAAUCUAAUAAAGUCUAUUUGUUUGCAACUGGCAGCUCAUUAAAAAUUCAAAUCUUCAAAUAGAGUGUCACCGUCAAGGAAAUAGGCCAUUGCCUUACGGAUGUAAUGGAAACCAAUAUCGACACCUGAUAUGAAAAACAUUGUAUCUCCACUUACAAUGUUUUUCAACUAUGGCUUAAAUAGCAUCUAUAAACAAUAACCUUCAAUUUGGUCUAAGAACUUUUAUCCUAUCUUAUGUAAUUAUAAAGUUAUUUAACAAAAUAACCUCAUUGUAAGUGCAAAUUUCUGAUCACUGGGUGGAAAAAACGUUGUAACAAAUGUUACAAUAUUAAAAUUUUUUAUUAUUGAUGAAAAUUUUUUACUAAAACAUUGUAACAUGGGAUACAAUGUUUUUCUCGAAACAUUUAUUGAGUAAGUUUUUAUAACUGCAUUGUAAGUUGUGAUACAAGAAAGCAAGGUAGUGGAAUAUUACGAUGAACAACAUUGUAAGUCAAUAUAGUCAGGAGGUAAAUUCUAUAUUAUUAACUGCUGAGCAUAGUAAGCAUGCCUCAAAUCGUAAAAACUCACAUAAAAAUAUUAGUUUAGAAUUUCAAACAAAAAUAAUAACACCUAUAUCAUUCACUGCUGAACUAACUUCUACUGAUGAAACUCCGAUAAUCAAUGGUCACAGUGGAUUGCACGCUCAAGAUAUAUCGACAGUGGAAACUUCUACAUGCACCGAAGAUACAAGUUUACCAUUAGAUACGUCUGCUGAGAAAAAACAAUACCCAAAGAAGAAAAAUCUUGGAAGGAAGAGACAAAGGGAUCCUAGUGUUUCGAAAAUGAAUGUCUUGAAAAAAUUGAGGAACUCUGACCAAGAAUAUACUGGCAAAACUGGAAAAUUAUCGAAAAUUAGAGAACUGGGACCUGGAUGUAACGAUAAAUGUAUCAGAAAAUGUAAAUCGAAAUUAUCUGAAAAUGAUAGACUCAAUUUAUUUAAUAAUUUUUGGGCAAUGGCUGGUCAUGACCAACAAAGCGAAUAUUUAUGUAGAUUUAUGUUCUCAAAGCUAAAAAGAGUCCAGAAGACACUGGACAUAUGAAUAUAAUUUGCAGUUGGCAGAACACCGACUUCAAGUUUGUAAGAAAACAUUUUUGGCCACUUUUAACAUAACAGAUAUAUGGUUAACUACACUAUUCAAAAAAAUUGAUAGUCAUGAAGGCGGAGGCCGUAUACCUGGAGAUAUGCGUGGUCGCCACAAGAACAGGGCAAAUGCUGUAGACGAAAGCACUAAAGUAUUAAAAAUUCGAUUCGUGCGCAUAUAAACUCUGUUCCAGCAAAAGAAUCCCAUUAAGUAAGGCAAAGAACAAGUAAGAUGUAUUUUGAUGAGUCUUUAACUUUUCCCAAAUUGUAUUCACUAUAUAAUGAAUGGAUGUUAGAGAAUCACCCAUGCGAUAAACCAGCCACCAAAAGUCAGUACAGAAACAUAUUCAAUACUGAGUUUAAUAUAGGUUUUUUUGCACCGAAAAAAGAUAUGUGUCUUACUUGCAAUCUACAUAACACUAAAGCAGAGAAAGACCAAAUAGAAAAAGAAUAUUCUUUACAUAUUGCAAAUAAAUGUGUUGCACGUACAGCCAAAAAUCGCGAUAAAGAGGUUUCAAAGAAAACAGAAACGGUUGUAACUACCUGCUUUGAUUUGCAAAAAACAUUAACUACGCUCCAAUCAGAGGUAUCAUUGUUUUAUUAUAAAAGGAAGUUUAAAGUGUAUAACUUUACUAUCUUUGAUCUUGGAUCUGCGGAAGGUUAUUGUUAUGCAUGGGAUGAAGAUGAAACCACAAGUAAAAAGGGGCCUAAUGAAAUAAGUAGUGUACUAUUUGAUUUUAUUAAGAGAAAAGUUGCUGGUGGAGCAUAAGAGUUUAGAUUUUAUUCAGAUUGUUGUGGAGGACAAAAUCGAAAUUGAAUAAUAUUUUUAAUGUAUAUUUAUGCAGCUAAGAUUAUGAGUAUUAAUAUUACACACACGUUUUUUGAGGUAGGCCACUCUCAAUCUGAGGGUGAUUCAAUGCACGCCCUUAUUGAGCGAAGAAAAAAGAACGAAGUUGUUUAUGUACCACAACAGUGGUAUACACUGAUAAGGUGUGCUACAGGAAAACCAUAUGAUUUGAAAGAACAAGUCAAAAUGACAUCCUGGACUUUAAAUCAAUGUUAAAGAAAAUACCGAAUUGGGAUUUAAAUAUAGAUAAACGCCAAGUUUUCUGGUCGUAUUACAAGACGUAAAAAUAUAUAAAGAAAAACCACAUGUUAUUAGUUUUCAGUACGAUCUUAUUUCUGAUCCAUUAUCGUUUAUAAACUUAGAAUGCAAACCAAAAUCGAGCAAAAGGGCUACCAAAUCCAGGAAUAAAAAUAUACACGAUUUAUGGGAAGUACAAAUUCCUUUAGCAUAUAAUAAGUUACUUCCCAUAACCACUUCAAAAUAUAUAGAUCUUGUUGCUUUGUGCUCUGGUAAAGCUAUACCAGAGCAAUAUUGCAGUUUUUAUUUAAAUCUUCCACACUCUCAACAAACGGAAUAUUCGGAUGAUGACUCUGAAUAAAAGUUUGCAAGGGGUUAAUUUUGUUUAUUUUUUAAUAGAACAUAAACUGUUUUAUAAUUUGUAAAUGUUCAUUUUAUAAUAAAUAAAUCUAAAAGAUAUUAUUUUAUUUACCUACUUCUUGUUAGUAUAUAUGAAGUAAAUUCUUAAAUACUACUUGUCUGAGCAAAAAAAUCACGUUUCAAGUAAAACCAAUAAAAUAAAUUAAUUAUAAUCUCUUUAUUUGGAUAUUUACUGAUUAGUUACAAUUUAUAUGCACCUAACCAAAGAAACAUACUGUGUUGAAAUAUCAUUGUAUGAACCACUUACAAUGAUUUUCACCUAAAAUUCUGAAAAAAUUUGCUAUUGUAACUCGACCUAAAUCAGAACCAGUAAUGUUGACAACAAUGUGAUAUGUAAAAGUGAAAAGCUGAGAAAAAGUUAUAAAAUAUGGAUUAAUAACAUUACAAAAAAAUAUAAAAGCUGACCCAGUAAAAAAAUAAAAUAUUUUGGAAAUUUCUUUAAAUCGCUCUCCUGUAAACUAAGCAAAAGUGAGUUACAAUGUUUUUCAUAUCAGGUGUCGAUAUGUGCAGUCACUGAAGAUUUUUACCUCCGAUUUCGUGGAACCUAAAUUGAUUUGCAUGAAAACUGGUGAGUAAUUAGAGGAUACCUCAAGGAACAAAGGUGACAUGCUGCCAACUUGUGCUUUAACCCUGGGGGUCGAUGCCACCCCUUCUCGGUGGUGAAAAUUAUUUUAUUUAAAAUAAUACCAUAAGUCGAUAAAGGGACAAAUUAUAAGCAAAAUUUGUUAUAUAAAGGUAUUAAAAUAAAUCAACACUUUUUGAUUUAUUAAAGACCAAAGAUUUUAUUUUUUCUUAAAAAAAUGCAUGUUUUAAAUCAGUUUUUCACGUAUAAAUCAAAAACUAUAAGCUUUUACAAAAAAUUUAAUAUUACUGAAAUUAAAGAUAAUAAAAAAUUGAAUACAUUCCUCAUAUAAAGAACUAAACUAAUGUUAGUUCAAAAUGAGUUAUUGGCAAUUGAAUGUGUAUUUUUUUUUUCGACGAGUACUCAAAUCUAAGUAUUCAAGCUUAAAUAACGGGAAAACGAUGCAAUGUAUAAAAUAUUCCUGCUAAACAUUUGUCAGAGUACUUCUCAAUACCUAUUAAAUGAGCUUCAUAACAAGGUAAUAGCGUCAAAAUUAAGUAAAUUAUAUAGUGAAAAUAAAAGAACCGUUUCGAAUUUUUUAGGAAAAAGUGAAAAAUAAAACAUACGCCAUUUCCACAAAAAUUUAAAUUUAUAGUAAUCCUUACAAGAACUUUUUUAUAUUACCAUAAGUAAUGUUUUCGAUAAUUUUGACCGGUCUAGAAUGCAUAUUUUGAAAAAAAGAUAUAAUUUAAAAAAAUCAUAAUUUUUAAAAUUAUUGUAAUUCUCAUAUUCUUUUAAUAAUAACUCCAAAAAUACUCAAUAUACGUAAAAAAUUAUAUAUAACCCAAUUUUAGUUUUUUCGGUGCCAAAUAUUUUAACUGUUUUACUAUUUCUAUAGGGAAAAAGAUAACCGAGAUUGAAACGUUUAAAUCGUAAAUUUUAUACUACAGUUUCCCUUGCAUGAAUACCCCACCAGAAACAGGAAUAAAGCAAUACCCGCGAAAAGAGAAAAAACAAUUGGACAGCGUUGUUUCACUUAUCUAGGACCUAGGUCGUUUAAUGUUUUACCCACUGAUAUUAAGGAUGUUAAGAAUACAAAACAGUUUAAAAUUAAAUUAAAGAAAUAUAUUACAGAUACGCCUCUUAGAAUAAUUCAUGAUUUAAUUAACAUUAGACAAUAAAAUAAGUGUUUGCAUAUCGUGGGCUUACUGCAAAAAUGCGUUAAGUCCGUAAUUGUUUGUUUCGAGAAAAUUAACUUUUAAUGUUUACUGUCCCAUUAAAACUAAACUAUUAGUUUCUUAUAAUUAUUAUUUGAAAAAAAAAAUUCGAAAGUUGAUAUAUUUCGGCAAUAGAUAUUUUGCUCACAAUAAUAUUAUUGUUUAUAGAGGAUGCUAUAAAACAAAACCAAUAAAAGACUUAGAUGAUUUUGGCAGAAUAAAAAUAGCUAAAAUGUAUUUAACAGUUUAAUCUUAAACUAACACAACAAAAAUUUUAUAGCAUGUAUUAACAAAUUCCUUCAGUCUUCACAUCACUAUUGGUUGAGGUAGGAACUUCGUCUACAUCUGAUUUCGCUGUUGGCAACGAUUUGUACCAACCGUGAAAUUCUAGUAAUGCCUCUAUACCUUGAUGCCUUCUAUACCUGCCUAUGCCCUCUAUAAAUGUCUCAGUACUUGAGGACAUUUUCUUUAUCAGUACAUACUCUCACUGUCUGAGGUUCGCAAUGUGGAUCUUGAAUUGAACAAUCGGAGUCAAAAUCUUGUACUUCAGGAAUCUUAAUGAUAUCUUUAGUGACUCUGGGGAAAUAGAACAACUUAGACAAGCAAUAAUGUUUGGAUCAUUUUUUGUUGUUGAAGUAGAACCAAAAUCAGGGGAAUUAUCUGAAACAACAGAAUUGUAAAUUUAACAUCCUACGAGUUCCAAAGUAUACUAAGUAGAACAUUAUCUAAGCUUUCACUUAGCUUCUAGCUAAAGUAAUCGCCUACUAAAUUGGUAGGUAUUCAUUGAUAAUAAUAAUUAGUAUACUUACUUGGACAACUUGGACCAGCAAUAAUGUUGUUGAAAUAAAACCAAAACAAGGGGAAUUAUCUGAAACAACAGAAUUAUAAAUUUAACAUCCUAUGAGUUCUAAAGCGGGCUCCACACUCUCGGCGAAGUUACUUCGCCAAAGUUGACCGAAGUCCGAAGUACCUCUCUACACACUCGUUCUACUUCGCGAGGAAUACAUUUAAGCGGUGCGAUACCGACAAAGAACCCUUUGACUCGGACGCGCCAGACCGAUAGAGAACGGAAGUAGAACGAAGCGAGGCAAAGUUGCACAAGGUGGCCGUCUACACUCUCGUACUUGUUAAACCACGAUCGACUUCGGCGAGAGUGUAGAGCUCACAUUAAAGUAUAAUAAUAAAACAUUAUCUAAGCUUUUACUUAGCUUCUAGCUAAAGUAAUUGCAUACUAAAUUGGUAGGUAUUCAUUGAUAAUAAUAAUUAGUCGCAAAUAUCAGCAAGACAAUAUUGUGUACUCUGUUCAAUAGAUCUUUUAAAAUAAAAAUACCUAAUUUUUAUCAAACAUAACCUCACUCUUAGAAAAAUUAAAAAUAUUAUUAGAAUCCACUAUUAAAUACAUACCCAAAUUUUGGUUCUCCUCUUCUAAUGCCAUUAACACUAAUUUUUCACAUCUACUUUUGCCACUUUUUAUCAUUUUAUUGACUAAAAAACUAUAAAACUUAGCAAAGUAACACGUAAGGUCUAUUCAUUACAAUGAAUAUUUAACACAAAAUAGUCUGCCAAAACAAGUUAGCUGCACUUAUCUGAUUUUGCUGCAUAAGCUAUUCCCCGAAAAACAUUGUGAUAGAAAUCGUUUAAAAUGCCUUAACGGUUUUUAGCUGUAUUACAUUGCAUCAUUUUGUUAAAUAUAGUUUUCAGCUAUAUCGGCUAUGUGCUCUUAACUGAUUUUUGUAGUAGCUUUUGCAAUCUAGGUCGCUAUUAUUUUACAAUGUAAACCUUUCAAAUAAAUUUUUUAUUAUAAAAAAUAAUAAAAGUAAGAUCCAUUUGAAGCAACUUAAAGUAUUUUGCUUGUAUAAGAUUGUGUUAUAAGGUAGUUAGUAUAUUUUGGUCACAUUUAGUAUUAACGUUUAGAUAAGUGCUACUCUCUAUGAACAAACCCGGAAAAUGACCAAACAUGGACUUAACGGAUUUUUGCAGUAAGACCACGAUAUUAGACUCAUAAAUAUUGUAACUGUGUUUUUUUUUUAAGUUUAGGCGCGGUUGGGAGUGCAUUUUUAUUAUUCUGCGCGCAUGCGCACACAGACAGUAUGGCGUUAGUUGCUAAAUCUUUCAAGCGAUGUAUAAAUAUAUCAGUGCAAAAAAUAGGUGUGAAAAGAAUAUAUUAGUGUUUUUAGUAAAUAUAUUUAUUACAAUUUUUGUUUCUCUGGAUUUGUCUUCCUCGGGAGUAAGAUAAGUAUUAUUAAAACAUUUACAUUUAUUAUACUUCACUUCGUCUGUUUGUUACCGUGAAUUGUCAUUAUGUGCGAGACUACAAAAACAAAGAGGUCGUAGCCUUAUUGGUAUAGCAUUCGGUUACGAAUCGAAAGCUCUUGGGUUCAAAUCCUGACCAUUCCUAUUCCAUUUUGUUUUUUUUUUGGAAAGUGGUAAGCAUUAAAAUUAGUUUAAUAUUUAAAUAAAAUAAAAAUGAACUGUUUAAAGUAUAUUUAUUUUGUUGAAAUCAUAUAAUAGAAGUAUAACUUCUUACGUGCGUAGAAAGAACACACUCAAUCUUUUUUCUCAUUUGUUGCUAUGUUAUUUUUUGAGAAACACAUCGUAUUGAUGAUAUGUUUUUUCCAGAUUUUGGAAUUAAAUUAUUUUGUUUAAUUAUUUAAUUAUUCAAAAAACAAUGUAAUGUUCUUUAAUUUUUUUUUGUUCUCUUAAUAUUAAGUAAUAUAAAAUUGUAUUGAUUGUGAGAAGAUAGUGUGUACUCAGGAUAUUUUUUACAUUACAAUAAACCAAAUUAACCACUGCACAUGUAUUCUGAUUCAAGUGGUAUUUUUAUGUUUAUCUACGACUGAUACAUAAUAUAUGUAUUAUACUUGUGGUGUUUGCAAUAUAAUGCCAUAUAAUAAUCCCUUAGGGAUUAAUAAUGCGGGAUUAAUAGCUAUUAAUCCCUCUGGCACAACAAUCACAAAAUUCACCACGGAAACAAAAUAAUCAACCUCAAAAAGUGUCACUGUCAAACGAAUAGUAUAUUUGACAGUUUGUGUUGAGAUGGACGAAAAUGAAGAAUCUUUUAAUUGUACACCACCAGAAAUUGUAGAACUAGCUACAGCAACAGCAUCUACCUUAAUACCUUAUGUAAAUAUUUGUAUUAAAAACUCUACUAAAGUUAAUGAUGAUUCUCAACAAAUUCAGUUUAUUAAUUGUACUAUUACUAAUUUUAAUGUUUUUAACAAAUAAAGUUGUUCAUUAAAAAUCUUAAAUUAAUUAAUUUGUCGUAGAUAAAGUAGAGUAUACUACUGGCAAUAAUGGCUCUCAUUCCCUCGGAAUGUUACUCCCUCGCCGCUAACGCGGCUCGGUUUGUAAAUAUUCCUCGGGAAUAAUAGCCAUCAUUAUUGACUCGUGGUAUAAUCUAUUAUUAUUUAUAGGGAAUUAUAAUGAUUUUGAUGUAUUACCGUUGUAUGUAUUGUAUCUUUUCGUUGAAUACACAUUUAUUUAUUUAUUUA